UCAACACCUACCGUAUAUAUGCGUGAAUAUUUAGUCUUGUACAUAAUAAUUACUUCUUCAAAAUAAUGUCACUGAGUCUGCCUAUAACACGGACCGAUAGUGCGUCCAAUGGAGCCUUUAGGACUUUUGGUCUCUAUGUGUACCACUGUCGUCGUACGGUCAGGAUUGCCUCCUCUAACCCAUCAGAGAUCGCUUGCCCUCGGUGCCUAAGGCAAUUUGUUGUCGAGAUUGAGAUGAGACGGCCUCUCUUUCCACUUCGCCGCUUCGCCACCUUUAAUGCUUCUCCCGAGACACGUCUUCUCGAAGCUUUAUCACUCAUGUUUGAUCCUCCCAGUAUAGGUGGAUCCGGUGCAGACCCAUUUCUCAGGGCAAGAUCCAUAAACGUGGUACAGGAGCCAAGACGCAGACCACACCACCAUCGACGCCACAGCCUUGACAAUGAUAACAAUGGUGGUCUACCUCCACCAGAGAAACAUAUGUAAUACUCACUGAUCAACCAGUCCACUUGGAAACAUGACCGAGCACCAAAUCCAGUACGACCACCCAGGCGUAUGAACCCUCGUGAUUUCUUUUACCGGGGAUCAGGAUUAGAGCAUCUGAUCGAACAGCUAACACAAGACGACAGACCAGGACCACCACCUGCCUCAGAACCAACCAUCGACGCGCUACCGACUGUGAAGAUCACAUCAGAACAUCUAACCAACGACACGUCCCUCACAGUUGGCAUGGAGGACUUCAUUGUUGGUGGGGAAGCUAACGAACUACCAUGUAAACAUAUCUACCAUAAACACUGCAUAACCCCAUGGCUAAGGCUUCACAACUCAUGCCCGAUUUGCCGCCGCGCGAAACUGCCACCGGUGACCACCGUUACAGAUUCCUCAGGAAAGGGGUGAUUCUACUAGAAGGAUAUAGCUGAAAGAAGGCGAAGGUGGAUGCAGCUCGGGAACAUUUGGCUCAGGACAAGGUUUCAGAGGGUUAGUCCAGAAGAAACAGCACAGAAUCCUCCAGGUAACAGGAGCUAA